UCUACCGGCUUCGCGAGCGUAUUGUUUCUCUUUCCAUGGACAGUGCUUCUCUACUUCUUCCAUGUCCAACUUCUUCUUCUCCUAUUUCACACUCUUCAUUCCCUUCAAACCUCAGAUUUUCUCAGAGACUAAAGCGUUUCGACCUUAUUAAGAAGCAUUUGGUGGUCAGAAACGCUUGUGGAUUCGACGAAAAUGGGUUUUCCAUCACGCCCAACAAGCUUUUCAUGGAAGAGGCUAUUGGAGCUGAAUAUGGGGAAGGUUUUGAGACUUUUAGACUAGAUGGGCCUUUAAAGAUUGAUGUGGAUUUUUUGAAUGAGAAGUUGCAAGAAGGUUUUCUUCAACGUAUACGCUAUGCUAUGAAGCCAGAUGAAGCUUAUGGUCUUAUUUUUUCAUUUGACAACGUUGUGGCGGAUACUCGGGCUUUGAAGUUGGCAGCAUGGAAGCAGCUGGCCUCAGAGGAAGGAAAGGAAAUUCCUGAAGAUGGUGAAUUGCAAAGAGUGAUGCUAUAUGCAGGUGCUGAUCAUGUGUUGCAUAAGCUUUUACUGUGGGAUGAAGCUGAAAGCGAGGUGGACAGAUUGGCUUUAAGAUUUUCACAGAUAUAUUAUGAAAAUCUUCUGAGGCUUGACAAACCCGUGGAGGGCCUCAGAGAAUGGCUAGAUGCUGUUUCCACUGCUCGUAUCCCUUGUGCUUUAGUUUCAAGUCUUGAUCGGAGAAACAUGGUCGAAGCCUUAGAUCGGACGGGGCUCAAGAAGUAUUUUCAGGCAAUUGUAACAGAGGAAGAUGGAAUGGAAUCCAUAGCUCAUAGAUUUCUUUCCGCAGCUAUUAAGCUUGAUCGGAAACCAUCCAAGUGUGUGGUGUUUGAGGAUGAUCCAAGAGGCAUAACUGCUGCCCACAACUGCACUAUGAUGGCUGUUGCAUUAAUCGGCGCUCACCCUGCCAUUUGCAGGUAUGAUUUAGAGCAGGCGGAUCUUGCAGUUGCUAGUUUCAAUGAGCUUUCGGUGAUUAACCUAAGGAGAUUAUUUGCCAACAAAGGUUCCACUUUCAUGGACCUUCAAAAACAGAUAGUUGAGAAAUCUCCACCUAAAAGGAAGCUUACAAUUGAUACAAUUUUCUGAUUCAUUCUGUGUCCUUCCUCGCUAUCUCCUUGUAAUCAAUCUACUAGCUGAUCAUCAUUUCGUUCUUCAGUUGUAAAUUUUAAUUUUUUUUAGGUAUAUGAAUUUAUGAUUUAGAUGCAUCAUGCAUCCAAUUCUUAACAAUAUAUCAAAGAAAAAUUUAGAAUCAAAUAAUA